CGCAGCCGCACGACAUUGUGCCAGGAACAUUCCGCAACAUGCGAGACGUGUACAAGCGCAAGUAUUCCGACUUUGGACCUGAUACUCCUUACAGCGUGGCAUCGCAACGACGAUACCUGAAGCACAUUGAAAGAUCCGAUCUCGUCGAGCUGUUCUCGCCCGACUUGCGACACGACAAUCCUGGGCCCGUUCGCAAGCUCGCCUUUGGGGAAGGCAGUCGCAAUUCUCGUUGGAGGCAGCGCAUAGAGCUGAAAGCUGGUGGUUACGAUGCCGAUGGAGUGCACCUCGCCGUGCCUUACCACGGCAAGAACCACAUACGAAAAUCCUACACGCCGCGCACAGAUGGCGAAAAUCAGCGUAGACUCAUGCAGUCGUUGCAGAGAGAAGGCGACAACAUUCGACGCUUUGGAAUCGUUCAAGGCACUGCGCGCAAGCUCUUCAAGGGUCUGAAAGCUGACAUUGCGAAAGCGAAAGGUGUGCGCGUGGCUGCCAAGUCGACCGCUCUUGAAAGUCGCACCGGUACGCAGAUCCAAGGCGGCAAGGCUCCGAAAGAGGAACCAAAUGCCAAACGCGCUCUCGCGGCAUUGCCGCACCGUGGGCCCUCCGAGCAGAGUGAGCGUCCUUCUCCGCGACAAUCCAUCUCUGAUCCGGUUUACUCUCCCACAACCUCGGUCUCGCUGUCGCCUCCAAAAUACCGGCGCGUCCCUAGUCUAUCGAUGUCGGCGUCACGCGAAACGAGCCCUGAUGCGGCGUCCGCCAGCUCGACCAAGUCGCAAUCCUCUACCAUGUCAGAUCCUCGCGAUCAUGCGCGCGAUGCGAGGUCUCACCUCAGCCUCGGCGUUCCUUCGCCCGGAUCGAGUGCGCAAAGCCUCACGAGAUCGCCUUUGGGGUUGUCGGACGCUGCGGCUUGGAGCUGGGGCCGCAAGCGCAAAGCUCCUGCUCCCCCGAGUUCCGCCGUGUGGAGUUGGGGUCGCACACAGGCGAAAUACAGGGAUGGCGAGACGCCAUCCGAUCUGCAUGCAGCCGUUGAAUCGCAAGUUCGGCGGGGAUCGCUGUUCAAGCGCGCACUGAUCGAAGAGAUUGCACAAGGUGCCUCACACGUCAGCCCAUCGACGACGACUAGCCCCGCCACCUCGACACAUGUAUCGGGGCUCACUAAUGUCAACGCUCACAGCGAUUUGCGGCACCUGGUCAACGAUCCCUCGAGACGACCCCCUGGCCCGAUCCCAUCGCGCGCCGCAAACGCCGUGCCGUGGGGUUCUGGCAAUUGGCGCACGCUGGCACGCCAAAGGAGAGUGCUGCAAGAUAGAAAACAGGAGGCGUGGAUACCGUAUCUGUGCCCUCGACCACCCUGCCACAUGAGCAGAUAUGACCCUGAACGGUCGCUUGGUCGCUUCGAGUCGGAGACGUACGUCCAAGCUUCAACUACGGCACCUCGACCGCCUGGUCCGGUGCCCACCCGAGGGCCCAACAAGCUUCCUUGGGGAGAGGGCGGUACGAGCGCCUUGUCAGCGCAACGAAAAGAGCUGCUCCAGCAGGGCAAAGCGUGCUGGAUACCGCAUCUCUGUCCUGUCCAGGCAAAAGGACGAAAAGGACUGCAAGGCGGCGCGAUGAUCAUACCCAAAAUUAGUGCGGAGCACAUUGCAGCAGCUACAGAGGGUCUGCAGCGCCCUCCAGGUCCCGUCCCGACAAGAGGCUACAUGAAAGAUCCAUGGGGCGUCGGCACACAAAGAAGCCUGACGGACCAGCGUCAGGAGCUUCGCACCAUGGGCAAGGCAGAGUGGAUCCCUUUCCUUUGUCCGGAUCGGGGCUGCAAGUACGUUGACAGGCCCGUGGAUGGACAUGGCCUUCUGCGCGGUCUCGAUCCACCUGCUGCGCCGAAAAGGCCCGAGGGACCUGAGCCAGUGAGAAAGGGAGGCAGAAACAAAUGGGGAGAAGGCGGUGAUCGUUCGCUGACGGCGCAGCGCGGAGAAUUGCGCGCAGCUGGCCACGCCGACUGGAUACCUUUCCUAGUUCCUAUCAAGGAAAGGCAGCGCGACUACAGUCACGUACGGCCUAAGCUGGCCUUUGGAGAAGGUUCUGGUCCUGCAAAGACGUACCAACGCAACACUCUUCGAGCUGCAGGAUUUGACCAGAACGACGUCUUUUUGAUCGUCCCUGGCAAUCAAAACAAAUCAUUCCCCCGGGCCAACAAGCGUUUCAAAGCCGAUGAGCCCGGUGCUUCGGAGGUGAGCCACAAGAAAUGGAGCUGGCUUGAAGCGCAGAGCAUCCAAAAGCAUGGCCUCGCUGAAGGAGCUCGGAGGAAGUUGUUCGCAUCCCAGUCCUCAAGCUUGACCAACCGACAAAAAGGUCAAGGGAAUGGAGAGGCCGGCGCUUCUGCGCCAGCUCGCCCGCUUAGCAUACCGAACACUAUUGUUGCGCAUGCUUCUGUGAAGCGACCGCGUUCAAGGCUGCAGACCGUCCCGAGAUACAAGAAAUCGCCCGACGAGGAGAACAAUGGCACGCAAGGCGCCUCGCGUAGGAACGAUGCGCCUCUUGCAGACACGUCAAAGACGCCGACGGCUUCGAACGAGGGACAGCCAGCCAAGAUCAGGUCGAUGGUAUCUGUAUAUUCCGACCUGCUCAAGUCACCAUCUGACGCGCGCGAACCCACGCAAAAGAUGCUGGAGCGUCAAAGACUUGACGGUAGAGAUGUAGAGAUGUCGUCCGAGAACGAUGAUCUGUUGCCUCGCCAAACAAGCCCUGCUUUGCGCAGUCAGAGUGCUCGCUCUCUCCCCAACACGGGAGACUCGCUAGCAGCGCGCGGACUAGCGGAGGAGCGAGCAUCCGCUCAAAUACUCGAAGAGCAGGUCCAGACCAUUUUGGCUCAGGCGCCUCGAGGUGUUCGCCCUAGCAAGCUUUCCACUCCGCGACAAAAUGUCGAAGAAGCGCCAGCUGAUCUGACCGGUGGCUCACUGCGCGGUCCAGAUCAGACGCAAUUUGCCGAGCAGGCCUUCGAUUCAGUUCAAAAUGCACAGCAGAGACUAAGCCACCCGUUUGAAAUGCUGCCGCUGACACCAGAGGAGCAGCGCCGACUGGACGAAGCUAUGGGCACCGGCGUCGUGCGCGGACGACAAUGGGGAGUCGGCGGAACGUCUACGGUAAGCAGGCAGCGCAGGUGGCUGCGUGCGCACGAUCUGGAGGACCUCAUCGUAAAGCUGUGUCCCGAUCAGAGAUGUUGGAACAAAAGACAGCCAUUGCCAUUGGGACAGGGCUCUUCGGCCACUCUGAGCAGGCAGAGGAAAAGACUUCGAAAGCAAGGCUUUGCUGCGCAGCAAGUGUUCGAAAUGGUGCCUGGCGAGGUGCGCAGAAGCCACCCGGCGCCGCAGCGGCCCGCUACUCCGUCCUCGCCGCCUGCUCGCAUGCAGGGCAUGGAUCGCCGUCGUUGAUCGUGCGACAGUGUCUCGCUGUCCAGCCCCUGAAGCAUGUAUGAUUUUGAUCCUCUUUGCCUUUUUUGAAGAGAGCAGAAAGCGCCAGCAAAGCUGCCAUGAAGCCUAGUGCAAGCGAUGUUCGUCUGCAGCGUAGCGUAG